AUGUGUGGCAUCUUCGCCUGUCAUCGUCACCCCGACGUCCAGAAAUUCAAGCCCACGGCCUUGAAGCUGGCAAAGGCUAUCCGUCACCGUGGCCCUGACUGGAGCGGCAGCUUCAUCUCCAACAAAACAAGUAGGUCGAGUCUGGUUGUUGCUGUGUGUUGUCCGACAAUUGACCGUCAAUCGCAGUCCUGUGCCAUGAGCGUCUCAGCAUCGUCGGCGUCGCCCCUUACCAACGAUGACGAGAGCAUCAUUCUUGCCGUCAACGGUGAAAUAUACAACCACCGUCUGAUUCGCAAGACCCUGAAGCACACCUACCACUUCAAGACUGGCUCCGACUGCGAGGUAGUUAUUCCUCUGUAUAUGGAGUAUGGCCUCGACGCCCCGAAGCACCUCGACGGCAUGUUCUCAUUUGUCUUGUACGACAAGAAGAACGACCGCACCAUCGCCGCCCGCGACCCUAUCGGCAUCACCACUCUCUACUACGGCUGGUCAUCAAAAGAACCCGAUGCGGUUUACUUCGCUUCUGAGCUGAAGUGCCUGCACAGCGUCUGUGACAAGAUCGAGGCCUUCCCUCCUGGCCAUGUCUACGACUCUUCUACGGGCAAGACCACAAGAUACUUUGAGCCCACUUGGUGGGACCCUGCCAGAGUCCCCGAGACACCCCUCGACUUGAAGUUGAUCCGCGAGAAGUUGGAGAAGUCUGUCAGGAAGAGACUCAUGGCUGAGGUGCCAUACGGUGUCCUCCUUUCCGGUGGUCUUGACUCCAGCUUGGUUGCGUCCAUUGCCCAAAGAGAGACUCUGCGGUUGAAGAAGGCGGCCCUCGAGGCCAAUGGCGGCGCACUCCCCAUGACGGAGAACCCCGACACUGGUGAUGGCAUGGUCGGUAUCGACGACGAUAACAAGCUGUCGACGGUCACAUAUCUGCCCCAACUCAACUCCUUCUCCAUUGGUCUCCCUGGAUCACCCGACAACAAGGCUGCCCUUGAGGUCGCCAAGUUCCUCGGCACAAAGCACCACGUCAUGACCUUCACGAUCGAGGAUGGUCUCAACGCCCUGUCCGACGUCAUCUACCACCUCGAGACCUACGAUGUCACAACCAUCCGUGCCUCGACGCCGAUGUACCUCCUGUCUCGCAAGAUCAAGGCCAUGGGCAUCAAGAUGGUGCUCAGUGGUGAGGGAAGUGACGAGAUUUUCGGUGGUUACCUUUACUUCCAUGCCGCCCCUGACAAAAAGGCCUUCCACGAGGAGACUGUUCGCCGUGUUAAGAACCUCCACCUUGCCGACUGCCUGCGUGCCAACAAGUCAACAUCUGCCUGGGGCCUUGAGGCUCGCGUGCCGUUCCUGGACAAGGAGUUCCUCGAGGCGACCAUGAACAUCGAUCCCCAAGAGAAGAUGAUCACCAAGGAGAAGAUGGAGAAGUACAUUCUCCGCAAGGCCUUCGACACCUCCGACGAGCCCGGUUCGGAGCCGUACCUCCCGGAUAACAUCUUGUGGAGACAGAAGGAGCAGUUCUCGGACGGUGUCGGAUACGGGUGGAUCGAUGCGCUCAAGGACAACGCCGAGAUCCAGGUUACCGACGAGAUGAUGAAGAACCCCAAGCCGGAGUGGGGCAACGACAUUCCGGACACCAAGGAGGCGUACUGGUACCGUCUUAUGUUCGACGAGCACUUCCCGCCGCAUUGCGCCUCGACCGUCAUGCGCUGGACCCCCACAUGGUCCAAGCAGACGGACCCCAGUGGCAGGUGA